AUGGCGCCCAAACGUGACAAGCGCGGCGGAGGCGGCAGUUCCGCCGGUGCCACUGGAGGAAGCAGUGAAGGGCUCUCCAAACAGCUAUCAAGAAAAGGAUCCGGGAACGUGAUUGCCAAAGACGGGCUUCUGCGUCACAUAAAUGAGGCGAACGUCGACGUGUCCCGCGCUGACCACAAGCAGCGACCCGCCUCUCCCUCGGACGACGAAAAUGAUGAAGAGAGACGGCGCAAGCUGCCAGCUGAACGGGAAGCAAGGGACGUAGUCCCGACGGCUGAGGCUGAGGCGAAGGCAAAAAGCAUCCCUGAGGCAAAGGCAAAGGAGGAGGCGGAAAAGAAGGCGAAGGAAGAGGCAGAGAAAAAGGCGAAGGAUGAGGCAGAAAUGAAGGCCAAGGAGGAGGCGGAAAAGAAGGCAAAGGAAGAGGCAGAGAAAAAGGCGAAGGAAGAGGCGGAAAAGAAGGCAGAGGAGGAGGCAGAGAAAAGGGCGAAGGAUGAGGCAGAAAACAAGGCAAAGGAGGAGGCGGAAAGGAAGGCAAAGGAGGAGGCGGAAAAGAAGGCAAAGGAAGAGGCAGAGAAAAAGGCGAAGGAAGAGGCAGAAAUGAAGGCAAAGGAGGAGGCGGAAAUGAAGGGAAAGGAAGAGGCAGAGAAAAAGGCAAAGGAUGAGGCAGAAAAGACGGCAAAGGAGGGGGCGGAAAAGAAGGCAAAGGAGGAGGCAGAGAAAAAGGCGAAGGAAGAGGCGGAAAAGAAGGCAGAGGAGGAGGCAGAGAAAAGGGCGAAGGAUGAGGCAGAAAACAAGGCAAAGGAGGAGGCGGAAAGGAAGGCAAAGGAGGAGGCGGAAAAGAAGGCAAAGGAAGAGGCAGAGAAAAAGGCGAAGGAAGAGGCAGAAAUGAAGGCAAAGGAGGAGGCAGAGAAAAGGGCGAAGGAUGAGGCAGAAAACAAGGCAAAGGAGGAGGCGGAAAGGAAGGCAAAGGAGGAGGCAGAGAAAAAGGCGAAGGAAGAGGCAGAGAAAAAGGUGAAGGAAGAGGCGGAAAAGAAGGCAGAGGAGGAGGCGGAAAAGAAGGCAAAGGAAGAGGCAGAGAAAAAGGCGAAGGAAGAGGCGGAAAAGAAGGCCAAGGAGGAGGCGGAAAAGAAGGCAAAGGAAGAGGCAGAGAAAAAGGCGAAGGAAGAGGCAGAAAUGAAGGCAAAGGAGGAGGCAGAGAAAAAGGCGAAGGAAGAGGCAGAGAAAAAGGCGAAGGAAGAGGCAGAGAAAAAGGCGAAGGAAGAGGCAGAGAAAAAGGCGAAGGAAGAGGCAGAGAAAAGGGCGAAGGAAGAGGCAGAGAAAAAGGCGAAGGAGGAGGCAGGAGAGAAGGCGAAGGAUGAGGAGGAAGGGAAGGCAGCGGAACUGGAGGCAGCAGAGAAAAAGGCUCAACGCGCUGAAGAGGAAGCCUCGCGAAAGACAGAGGCCGCAAAAGAUGCUGCAGAAGCAGCACGCGCGGCUGAGCAGGGGCUGGCAAAGUCGAUGGAGCAAGCAAAGGAAAUACGGCGUGAAUUCGCUGGUGCCGCGGAGGGCGAGAAAAAGGAGGAUCUUUCAGACUGCAUGAAGGAAGCAGAGGAUGCUCUUCGGGCAGCACGGGAUGAGGCAGAAAAGACGUCCAUAGCUGAUGCGAAGGCAUUCGAGGAUGCAGAAGCUGCUGCAGCUGAGGCCGCCAAGGAAGAAGAGCGGGUGGCGGAGGUGAAGUCGAGUCCGUCGACACACUUUCAGAUCCGAGUGAGCCCGGCACGUUUGGAUUCGUCGGGUAAGAACCAGUCGACUGAACGUAGCCUGUUAGCGGCUAUGGCUGCAGUGGGGCUAGACACGCCGGAAACUCGAGAGUACACAAAGGCCGCAGAGGAGGAAGCCGCGCGUGCUGCUGAAGAAAGUGGUAACCGUGCGUUUGACGGUAUGACCGCCGCACAGAAGAAGGUGGUGGCUCACUUGGAGGGGAACCAGGAGCACAUAAGGCUGAUGGAGACUCGUUUCCACGAGGAAGUAGCUGCUCUGCGAGACAAGUACGAUAGGCUUAUGGAGCCUAUCUUUGAGCAGCGUGCCUUGAUUCUGAAUGGACAAGAAGAGGCGGAGCCAGCGAGUGAGGCCAGCGGCUCUGUCGAGAAUCAGGGCCUGCAGGUGGGCACGCUGGCGCUGCCUGGCUUUUGGCUGCGUGUGCUCGAGCAUCAGCCGCUCUUGUCUUCCAUGCUAGGCAUUAGAGACAAGCCCCUUCUCCUGUACCUCCGCGACGUCAAGCGAGUGUUGCAUCUGCGCAAGGAGGACGGCUUCACGUUGGUUUUUGAGUUCGAUGAGAAUCCGUUUUUCACGCCCUUGACUCUCAAAAAGACCUUCAAAAUGAAACUCGAGGACGAUGACUGGAUUGUUUCAAAAACAGUGGGAACGCCGAUUGAGUGGAACGAGAACAUGGACGUUACGAAAAGCGUGGUUGUCCGUAAGCAACGAAAUGUGCGGACUAAAGGCGUGAGGAUCGUUCACGAGGAGCAGCGCGAAAAGAGCUUCUUUUCGUUUUUUGAAGAUAGCGUGGUCCCGGAAGACUCCGAGCUGGAGGCAAUGAGCGAAGCGGAACAGACCGAGAUUUUCGACAAGCUCAAGCUGGAGUACGACGCGGGCGUGACCGUGAGAGACCUCAUUAUCCCGCACGCGGUUGACUGGUAUUUUGGAGCGGCGGAGGAAUCAGAAGAUGAGGAAUCUAGCGGUGAAGUCGAUAACGAAAACAACGUGAACAUUCGCGAACCGGCUAAGGAAAGCGCGGAAGAGGUGCCGGCCGAGAAUGCAAGUGGAAUAGCAUCGUGGUUUGGUUUUUGA